GGUGGGGACCCGCUGGGCUCCAGAGACCUAGGCUAAGCUGCGCGCGCGUGUGUCGGCGCCCCGGCGAGAUGAGCGGAGCCGGGUCGGCGGGCAUGGCCCGGGGGCUACGCGUGGACGGACUGCCACCGUUACCCAAAAGUCUGAGCGGGCUGCUGCACUCGGCGGCGGGCGGCGCGGCGGGCGGUUGGCGGCACCUGGAGCGGCUGUACGCGCAGAAGUCGCGCAUCCAGGACGAGCUGAACCGAGGGGGCGCCGGCGGCGGCGGGGCGCGGGCAGCGGGCAUGCGGACCAAGCCCCCCAACCUAGACGCCGCGCUGGCGCUGUUGCGCAAGGAGAUGGUCGGCCUCCGACAGCUGGACAUGUCCUUGCUCUGCCAACUGUACAGCCUCUACGAGUCCAUUCAGGAGUACAAGGGAGCGUGCCAGGCAGCCUCCAGCCUGGAUUGCACCUACGCACUGGAGAACGGCUUCUUCGAUGAGGAGGAAGACUUCCAGGAGCAGGGCUCUCUCCAAGACGGGCAGCACCGAGGCUCUCCCGGGGACCCGUCGUUGCCCCUUACCCACCUCUCCAGCAGUGACUGGAUUCUGGAGUCCAUGUAGUGCCUCUGGAGGGGUCGAACACAGACUGGCAACAUCUGCUUCUCUUCCAAGAAAGUACUUCAGCCUCUUCAUGGUGGACAGUCCAAGGACAAAUGGUGACAUGCACCACUUGUUUAACUUGUGGGUAUGGAGUUCACUGACAUGGGGGACGGCCUGCUUAGUGGGCUGCAGGGUCUUAUGGGUGACUUGGAGGCAUGUUAGAAUAUCCUAGAUACCAUGAGUAGCACCUGCUGGAAGCUCUGACAGAAGGGUUCCGUGUGGAAAGCCUUCACGGUAUUUGGGCGAGGUUGACGUCAGCAGGCUUCUUUGUAGGUGGCAGGUGUGUUGUAUCCUCUUUGGGUGAGGAAUGCCACUCUGUCGUGUAGUAUAUGAAAAGGAGCAUUUGUCUGCCUGGAACCCGCAGGGCAGUCUGCAUCUCCUCAGGGGAGUCUGCAUCUCCUCGGGGCAGUCGUCUGCACCUCUUUUUGCUGUUACUUAGCUGUUCGUCCCCUUGCUCGUUUAUUUGAAAGCUGCAUCACUGAUUUUCCAGGGGACUUCCUGAGAGUUUUCUAGAAGGAGGAAAUAUUCUGACACACUGGUCAACUGCUUUUCUGCAACUAUGGAGAUUGGCAUCAGGUAUAGGUGGAGAGAGAAAAACGUGACUUUACAUAGAAUGUAGGGGAAACAAAUCCUGGGACAAACUAGUAUUUGUAAGCAGUACUUACCCAAAACCUUAAUAUAUUUAUUAAAACACUUUAUGAGAACUUCACCCUCUGUGGGUUAAACAUGUAAAAUGCUCAACUGUC